CUCGGUCACUAUAAACCCCAAGCAAACUUUCGCUCCUAGGGUUUUUUAGCGGAAAGGAAACAUCUAUUCCUCAAUCUCCCAAAAAAUAAUCUGAGAUCGGAGCAGUAAACUACGAUCAAAAUAAUGGCUUUGGUGUUGCAUUCCGGAAGUGCCAACAAAAAUGCGUGGAAAGGACUUAUUGCCGCAGAAUACAGCGGAGUCCAGGUUGAACUUGUAAAAGAUUUUCAGAUGGGGGUUUCAAAUAAGACUCCUGAAUUCAUCAAGAUGAAUCCCCUCGGGAAGGUUCCUGUGCUUGAGACACCUGACGGCUCAGUAUUUGAAAGCAAUGCUAUAGCACGAUAUGUAACUCGCUUGAAAGCAGACAAUCCUCUUUAUGGAUCUUCCUUGAUCGAAUAUGCUAAAAUUGAGCAAUGGAUGGACUUUGCUGCAACUGAAGUUGACCCAGGAGUGGCGAGAUGGUUGUACCCAAGACUUGGAUACGGGCCAUUUUUUCAAGAGGCUGAGGAAGUUGCAAUUUAUAGAUCGAAGAGGGCAUUGGAAGCUCUCAACACUCAUCUAGCUUCAAAUACUUACCUUGUGGGUCAUUCAGUGACGUUGGCCGAUAUCGUCAUGACAUGCAACUUGUAUCAUGGAUUUUCUCAGAUUAUGAUAAAGAGCUUCACAUCACAAUUUCCCCAUGUAGAAAGAUACUUCUGGACUCUUGUUAAUCUGCCAAACUUCCGCAAGGUAAUGGGCGAGGUGAAGCAGGCAGAGUCUGUUCCUCCUGUUCCAUCAGCGAAGAAGCCUGCACAGGCUGCACAUGCCAAGGAGUCAAAGCCCAAGGAAGCCAAGAAAGAGGUCAAGAAGGAGCCUGCAAAGGAGCCUGCUGCUGAGGAUGAGGAGGCACCAAAACCGAAGCCCAAAAAUCCACUUGAUCUCCUGCCUCCUAGCAAGAUGAUAUUGGAUGAGUGGAAGAGGCUGUACUCUAACACUAAGACCAACUUCCGUGAAGUCGCCAUUAAAGGAUUCUGGGAUAUGUAUGAUCCUGAGGGCUACUCUUUGUGGUUCUGCGAGUACAAGUACAACGAUGAGAAUACAGUUUCAUUUGUGACCUUGAACAAGGUGGGCGGGUUCUUGCAGAGGAUGGACCUUGCCCGGAAGUAUGCUUUUGGAAAGAUGCUUGUGAUCGGUUCUCAGCCCCCGUACAAGGUGAAGGGUCUGUGGCUUUUCCGUGGGAAGGAGAUCCCCCCAUUUGUUCUCGAGGAGUGCUAUGAUAUGGAGCUUUACGAGUGGACCAAGGUUGACCUGUCUGAUGAAGCACAGAAGGAGCGAGUCAACGCCAUGAUCGAGGAUCAGGAGCCAUUUGAGGGUGAGGAUUUAUUGGAUGCCAAGUGCUUCAAAUAGACAACGUUGAAGUCACAAUGAGGAUCUGUUACUGGUUACAGUUUUGUGGGAUGUUUGGUGUGGUCUGUAUUUCUUGGUAAUAGGCUAUUGACAAUCAGGUGAUGUUUACUGUCAGUCAUUUUGGGGAUUCUAAUGUUUUAAGUAGUUUUCUGAGGCCUGGAUAUUAUGUUUACGUGAGAAAAGAUUGUGAUUGUAGCGGCUGUGAUUCUGAUUAAACAUAUGGCAUCUUACAAAGCUUGAGCGAUUUUAAGGAGUUCC